GUGAAACAUGGAACCAACACUUUACAUGUUGCGUUUAUAUUUUUGUUCAGUAUACGUAUAAACAAUAUUAGAUAGGUAGGCCAAUGACAUGAUCAUUUCAGUAGACUCACAGCUGUUCACUCUGUAUCACGUUCAUAUCUGGGUGCGGCGCAGCGUUUGACGCCUUGGUUGCCACUCGCUGACGCUGCUGUCAAAUGGCAACUGCCAACGCUCAAGAAGGAAACUCCUCCCUGUUGACAGCACGUUCUGUCGCCUCCUCAGCGCAAUGGUCUCUUGGAUAAUCUCUAGAAUUGUGGUGUAAGUUAUUUUUAUCACAUUCUUUAUUCUUUCUAAAAUAGCCCACCUCGAGAUAAUGCCGUUUACGAUAAAUCUGCGGGGGGUUUUCAGUGACACAAGGUGCAUGUCAGCAGUGGCCGCUUUAUAGCCUAUUUAGGACACCUCUUAUUUCUAAGCAGAGACAGUGACUCGGGGGUUUGAGACGAGACAGAAUGUUGUGCUCUGUUUAUGAUUGAAAUGUUAUUCCUUACUGAAAGAAUGGGUUCUAUAUCACAUUCAAUGGGUCGAUGAUAUGUUCUCUUAUGUAUUUACAUGCGUUUUCUUUCCAUUCCAGACAAAGAAUGACGAUUGGCCAAAUUAAAUAUGUAUAUUUUUAUUGAUAUAUGUCUGCUCAUUCAGAGCAAUGGAAAUAAUAAAACAAAAAUAAUUUUGCCAUCGAUAUGUCAUGCAGUAGGCCUAAAUGCAAAGUUGACUGAAUAAAAUGCCCAAAACACAGAGCAGUGGUGAGCGGAGCAAUUUUAUGAUACUUUAUAUUCUUUAUUUGGAAUGGGUCAACCUUCUCAGGUUACAAUGCAAGUGUUGCAUAUAAUUAUAGACUUCAUUGCAAUAUGUUCUGAUAAUUAUAGUCAUCCGAAUAUUUAAGCACAUUCAACUAUGGAAGCAACAUUCUAGGCUCCACUGGCCAUUCGUAUUGUGUUGUAAUAUGGAUAAAUUAUUAAACGUGUUCACAACAUAUGGGCUUGGAGUAGGCCUAAAACAAAUCUCAAAAUAGCACGUCAAUAAAAUUUAGAUUAUAAUAUCAUAUUACAUUGCUGUUUCAGACGUGAGGGGCAGCAAGUGUCUUCUGGCUGUCUUGGCAUUCAAAGCUCUAUAGCCUAUCCAACAAUAGAUGUUUGUUGUUCUGAGGUCUUGAGCAGAAACACUGAAUACGUUUUUGUUUUGAGUGACCUUAUGUAUUUGGCAUUGUUUUCUACAGGACAACCCGGUGUGUGCAUAUGUAGGUCACAGGUCAGUAAUUUGAGCAGGUCACACCCCCAGCUGUUGCUGGACUGUUGCUUCAAGGGGUCCUGUCUGAGAGUUAUACAGUCGCACAUGGGUAGGCCAAGAGUCCUCGUGUCCCUGUUUAAUCUGUCAGAUUUUAGAUGAGCUCUGAUGUCAGUUUAGUUAUUUGUUUUUGAUUGUUGUUGAAAAUAUUAGUUUCUUCAUAUCAAUAACAUUCAACAAUAUGGGCGGAGUUGGAAUUACUUGAGCCCUUGAAACUCGGAGUUUCGCGGAGGCCUCAUUGAUGUCAAUGGGACGUGGCGCAAAGGAAAGGCGCAAAUAGUUACUCCCUGUUGAUGUAUUAUUGUUUUUUUAUGUCAACAUUAAUUAUAAAAUCUAAAACAGUUUUAACAAAGUAAAUUAAUAAUAAACCCAAUACCCAGAGGAUAAUGUAGCAUAUCAAAAUUAUAAAAAACAGAUGUUUGUUUUUUGAUGAUGUGACAAUUCAGUUGUGAACUGCUGUCAGUUGCUGUACUUUGGACUGUUUCCACUUUACUGCGUUUUAUUUGCUUUUAUCCUCAUAAAUGUGUGUGGAUGUGCUGGGAAAACAUUUAUUGCAUAGGCUUAUGACAUGUUUGAUGUUUUCCAGGCUUAUAUUUGGCACAUUAUAUCCUGCAUACUACUCAUACAAAGCUGUCAAAUCAAAGGAUGUGAAGGAAUAUGUGAGUAUGAGCAGCAGUCUGAAAAAAGUGAAAAUUAAACCAAACAGUAACAUGCCAUAUUGAGUCAGUCUGUGUAGAUUACACAUUAUGGGCCAGUUUCACAGACCCAGCCAACUAUUGGACUGAAUUACUUAAAGAUGCACUAUGCAGAAAUCGCUCCGCCAUUUCCUGGUUGCUAAAAUUCUAAUAGUUCACCUAAUUUCAGUUUAUGUGACAAAACAAGCAAGUAUAGUGUAGAGAAUCAUUGUACUAUCUAAAUCGCAGUGAAAUUUAUUUUCCAUAACCAAAAAUAUUUUCAGCUGUUUGAAUCUGGUGUACAAAACCAAAAGUAAAAGAUGCAAAAACAAAUCCUAAAAACGGGGAGCAUAGAAAUAGCACACAUAGAACAUAUCUACCGCUUCUUAGACUUGCUUUCAAUGAGAAUGACAGAUCUACAACUCACAUUUCUGUGAAUUUUGUGGGGUCCCCCAACAAAUGACAUAUUGCAGCUUUAAAACAGGAUUUAAACAAUUUAGUUUAAUAUUUCUGAACUAUUAUGUGCCAGACUGAGAGUUAUUCUGCUUUUAAAGGUAAAGUGGAUGAUGUACUGGAUAAUAUUUGCACUGUUCACCACCAUGGAAACCAUCACAGAUAUAUUUAUCUGUUGGUAAGUAAAUGGUGUAUUAUAAAAUAUCUGUUUUGUUUAUGUAUAGUAUUAUUUCACUUCACCGAAAUAUUGUUCUGAAAUAGUACACAGUCACAUAACAUCGGCCUACAGCAGGAUAGUCAUAAGACUGAUGAUGCUAUUGUAAUGGAGAGUAUAGAUUUUAUGAAUGCUCUAAAUGGUCACUGUAUUAUUCUUCCCUUCACUGUAGGGUUCCUUUAUAUUAUGAGCUGAAGAUUGCCUUUGUGUUAUGGUUACUGUCUCCCUACACAAAGGGGUCCAGUGUUCUAUACAAGAAGUUUGUUCACCCAACACUUUCUUCAAAAGAGAAGGUGAGGCCUGUGCAUUAGUCCAGUUUUCAUUGUCCUCUUGAAAUGUAUUAUAAAGUGUCUUCAAUGUAAAAAAUGCUUUAUAUGCUCUACUAAACAUUUUAACGGCACAGGGUUUGCUGUGAUCAAUUAUCCAAGGAAGAAGUUGGAUGACAUUUUCUUAGCUGGCAAUGUUUUGGCUGGAUGGGCAUAAGAAACGGCAUGGUUUUUCCUUCUGUUCCUUUUCACUUUAUUUUGUGGUCAGAAAACUCGUCAGAUUAGAGAGGGGAUCAACAGAGGGAUCCAGUGUCAGAUGAAAAUAAACAAUAAUUCUGAUUCUAAAAGACAAUGAACAUGUCCACUCUUUCUUUAUGCAUGAAAAAACAUGUGCGUUGCUAAACAGCAAUCACAAGACCAUAUUAAUUAUCAAAUAGUUACAAAAUGUAUUGUUGUGACGAGUACUGAAGAUACGAAGAGGCAGGACGCAGACGCAGGAAUCAACAAUGUAAAGAUUUACUUAACACUGAGCAAGAGAACAACAAAGAGCGAGUACACGACAAGACACUAACAAUCACACACAACACAACACUGAACAGUCCAGAGCAAUAUAGGGGUGGUGAUGAGAUGAUGAGGAGCAGGUGCGCUGGAGGUGGUUAGGGUGCGUUGGGUUUCCAUUCCGGUGUUGCCGAAGUGGUGCGCUCAGAUCGGUGGCUCAGUAGACUGGCGAAUCAGAGCACCGGAGGGGAGAAACGGGAGGAGACGUGACAGUAACCCCCCCCCCCAGGACGUGUGGCUCCCGCCGCAGGACGUCGCCAGCCAGGACAACGACCCAAAUUAGGUUGGGGUCGAGAACGUCCCCAGCCGGAACCCAGCUCCUCUCCUCAGGACCAUACCCCACCCAGUCCACCAGGUAACGGAGCCGUCCCCCACGGAACCUGGAGUCCAGCAGGUCCCUCACCUCAUACGCCGGACUCCCGUCAAUGUCCAGGGGCGGAGGGGGCGAACCCCGGGGGACGGCAUCCGUCAGAGGACCAGGAACCACCGGCCUGAGGAGACACUUGAAAAGUGGAUGAGACACAGUAGUGAGGGGGAAGGAGCAGCCGGUACAAUACCUAAUUUAUCCGCCGAAGGACCUUAAACAGCCCCACAAACCAGGGGCUCAGUUUCUUGCAGAGCAGGCGGAGAGGGAGGUUUUUGGUGGACAGCCAGACACGAUCCCCAGGCUGGAAUACGGGGGCCACACCGCGGUGGCGGUCGGCUUGGUCCUUCUGCCGAUGAAUGGCCCUCUGGAGAUGGACAUGGGCGGCGUCCCAGACCUGUCCGGCCCUGCGGAACCACUCGUCCACAGCGGUCGCAUCAGUCUGGCUGGGUGUCCAAGGGGCCAGGGCCGGCUGGUACCCCAGGACGCACUGGAAGGGAGUGAGCCCCGUGGAGGAGUAAACGAGGGAGUUCUGGGCAUAUUCUGCCCAGGGAAGAAACCUUGCCCACUCACCCUGCCGGUCCUGACAGUGGCAACGAAGAAACCUCCCCAGCUCCUGGUUCAUGCACUCCACCUGCCCAUUCGUCUGAUGCCUAUACCCGGAAGUGAGGCUGGCCAUGGACCCGAUCUUCUCCAGGAAAGCCUUCCACACUUGGGAGGUGAAUUGGGGGCCACGGUCCAAGACGAUGUCCUCCGGAAGUCCAUAAUGCCAGAAGAUCUGUUGGAAUAGGACCUCAGCGACCUGGAGAGCAGAAGGAAGACCAGUUAGUGGCAAAAAACUGCAUGAUUUGGAGAACCGGUCUACGACCACCAGGACUGUGGUAAAGCCGUCAGAAUGUGGGAGGUCGGUGACAAAGUCUAUGGACAGGUGUGACCAAGGUCGCUGAGGCACUGGGAGAGGAACUAGUUUACCUGCCGGUGCGUUCCGAGGUGUCUUCGUUUUGGCACAUACAGAACAGGAGUUGAUAUAGCGGGAGACAUCAUUAGCCAAGGUGGGCCACCAGUAUUUUUGUGAGAGAGAAUGUAGGGUGCGCGUCAUACCGGAGUGCCCUGCCAUAAGGAUGGUGUGCGCCCAGAUCAGCAGGCGGUUACGGACCCUGGUGGGUACAAACACGUGCCCCGGAGGGGCGUUGGCAGGUGCUGGGUCCUCCUGUGCCGCCAGGCGGAUGUCUUCAUCCACAUCUCAAACGACAGGUGCCACGAUGAGAGACGGAGGCAGGAUAGGACCCCCAGAUCCUUCCUUUCUCCGGUAUGGUGCAUCCUGGAGAGUGCAUCGGCUUUCACAUUCUGGGAUCCUGGGCGGUAGGACAGAAUAAACUGAGAGCGAGUAAGAAACUGGGCCCGCCUGGCUUGACGAGAGUUCAUCCGUUUCGCUGCCCGUAUGUGCUCCAAAUUCCGGUGGUCAGUGAGAAUCCGGAAUGGAUGGACUGCGUCCUCCAGCCAGUGUCUCCAUUCCUCCAGAGCGAGGACCACGGCCAACAGCUCCCUGUCUCCAACUCCAUAGUUCCUCUCUGCGGGGGUAAGCUUUUUCAAGAAAAAGGCACAGGGAUACAUAUUCUCUGGCUUACCUUGCCGCUGGGAGAGGACCCCACCCACACCCUCCUCAGAUGCGUCCACCUCCAGGAGGAAAGGACGAGCUGGAACUGGGUGUUUUAGGAGGGGCGCUGUGGUGAACCUCUCCUUCAGCCUCUUGAAGACAGCAUCAGCCUCAGGGUUCCAGGCCAGCUUCUGAGGCCCCCCCUUAAGGAGAGAGGUGAGCGGGUGGCUAUGGAGCUGAAGGACCUGAUGAAACGGCGAUAGAAAUGUGCGAAGCCAAGGAAGCUCUGUAGGCCCUUGAUGGUGGUGGAGACUGGCCAUGACCUGACGGCGUCCGUCUUCGUUCUUUCCAUGAACACCCCGAGGACUGAUCCUGUAUCCCAGGAAGGAGAUGGCCUGUUGGUGGAAUUCACAUUUCUCCCCCUUCACCAACAGGCUGUGUUCCCGGAGGUGGAGUAGGACCACUCUGACGUCCCUGACGUGCUCCUCGAACGUAGCCGAGUAGAUCAGGAUAUCGUCGAUGUACACCACCACCUGUCUACUCAGCAUGUCUCGGAACACGUCAUUGACGAAGGAUUGGAACACGGAAGGUGUGUUGGCGAGGCCGUAGGGCAUGACACAGUGUUCAUAGUGGCCUGAGGUAGUGCUGAAUGCCGUCUUCCACUCGUCUCCUUCCCGGAUUCGGAUCAGGUUGUAGGCACUCCUCAGGUCCAACUUGGUAAAUUACCGGGCCCUUCGCAGCUGCUCGAUGGCCGACGGAACCAGAGGGAGGGGGUACCGGUACUUGGUGGUGACUGCGUUCAGCCCCCGGUAGUCAAUGCACGGCCUCAGUCCUCCGUCUUUUUUGGCCACGAAGAAGAAGCUGGCGGAGGCAGGAGAGGAGAGCGUCUGAUGAACCCCUGUUUCAGGGUCUCUGCCACAUACUUCUCCAUGGCCUCAGUCUACGCUAUGGAGAGGGACUAAAUGCGAUUCUUUGAGGGAUGUUGUCCCUCCAGCAGGUCAAUGGCGCAGUCCCAGGGCCUGUGAGGAGGGAGACACUUAGCCUUGGAGGCAGAGAAGACAUCGGAGAGAUCUGCGUACUCACGUGAAAUGUUGGGCUAGAGGGCGGACUCCAGACUCUCCACUGACGUGAAACAACAAACCACCGGAAGGCAGGUCCUCCGGCAUGAGGAGGACCAGGCUGUGAUCCUCUUGGUGAUCCAAUUGAUGGUGGGGUUGUGUAGUCUGAGCCAGGGCAAUCCCAAGACGAUCCGGUGAAGGGGUGACGUGACGAUGUGGAAGGACAGCUCCUCGUGGUGCUCCGGUAGUGUGGGAAUGGUGAUGGUGAUGGUGAAUGAGAGAGUGACGUGCGUAAUGGUGCCUGAUCCAAGUGGUUUAUUGUCCAUAGAGGUGACAUGUAGCGGAGAAGGCAGUAGCAUGGUGGGCAACCCCUAUUCAGAGACCAGCUCCCUAUCUAUAAGGUUCCCUGCUGAUCCAGAAUCUAUAAUUGCUGUGGAAAGCGAAGAGAAGGAAGAACCAUUCACCAUUAGGGGAACUAAAAACAAUGGUUUGGUGACAGGUGAUGACGGAACACUCACGGAGCGGCGACGGGAGUCAGACCGCCUAGAUAGGGAGCCGCCAGGAGAUCUGUGGUCCGUGGUGGUGUAGGGGGUGCUGCCCACCUCCAUGGGUGAGGACUCGGAGGCAGGGCAGCUUCCAUAGCUCAGAUGGGGUGAGCGCCGAGGCUCCGGGUGGUGUUGGGAACGCCGUCGGUCUCUCAACAUGUCGUCAAGACGAAUGGACGUGGCGAUGAGGGUAUCAAGGUCCAUCUCGUCAUCCCGACAUGCGAGUUCCAUCAUGAUGUCCUCCCGUAAGCCUCUCCUGAAGGCCAUGUGCAGAGCACGCUCAUUCCAGCCAGAAGAGGCCGCAACCGUGCGAAAGCUCAGGGCGUACUCGAACGCGGCCCCCUCUCCCUGUUGUAGCCGGAGGAGACGCUCACCCCCGUCCUUUCCCUCCUUGGGAUGAUCGUACACCGCCCUGAACCGAGCGAGGAAGGUGGAGUAGGGAAGCGCCGCGGCCUCACCUCCUUCCCAGACUGCAGUGGCCCAAUCCAGCGCCUUUCCCUUCAGUAGCGAAAUCACCAGCGCUAUCCUGGCUUGGUCCGAUGGAGAUGCCCCACACUGACACGCCAGAUACAGUGAAACCUGUAGCAGGAAGCCUCUACAUUUAGUCGUUUUCCCGUCAUAGCGCUCUGGCAGGGCGAGGGGUCCCUCAUACGUUGGUGAUAGCACGGGAGGAGGUGGACUGGGUGCACUCGCCGCUCCCUGAGGUGGAACCGGAGCGAUGGUCAGUUUAUGCAGCGUUUGGAGCACUUCCUGCAUGACGGCGUUCAGCUGGGCAAUCUGCUGCUGGUGCUGGUUGAGGAGCUGGGAAACUCCAGGAGGAUUACCUGCUGCAUCCAUCUUCGUGAUUGGUGUGUGAUUCUGUGAUGAGUACUGAGGAUACGAAGAGGCAGGACGCAGACACAGGAAUCAACAAUGUAAAGGUUUAUUUAACACUGAGCAAGAGAACAACAAAGAGCGAGUACACAACAAGACACUAACAAUCACACACAACUCAACACUGAACAGUCCAGGGCUAUAUAGGGGUGGUGAUGAGAUGAUGAGGUGCAGGUGCGCUGGAGGUGAUUAGGGUGCAUUGGGUUUCCAUUCCGGUGUUGCCGAGGUGGUGCAGUCAGACCGGUGGCUCAGUAGACCGGCGAAUCAGAGCAACGGGAGGAGAUGUGACAAUUGUUUACAUACAGUACAUCAAACCUAGGAAUGUGUUUAUCACAUGACCUGCCAAGAAAAAGACAGUUACUGUAAUAUGUGUGUGUUUUUCCGUCUGUCCAGGACAUUGAUGACUAUCUCUGCCAAGCAAAGGACAAAAGCUAUGACACUCUGGUGACUUUUGGGAGGAAAGGUUUGAAUGUGGCAGCCACAGCUGCAGUCCUGGCUGCGACAAAGGUAAUGCUGACUCUUUGAAUUUCUGAUUUGUCCUGGGUGGGGUGAAGUUAUGUUUUUCUCUAUUCAUAUACAGUGCCCUCCACUAAUAUUGACACCCUUAGUAAAUAUGAGCAAAACGGUCUGUGAACAAUUUUUAAAAAAUUGUUUAUCCUCUUGGUCUUUCAUUCAAAAUAUUCACAAAUAUCUAACCUUUAAUUAAAGUAAAAUAAUUGCAAGAAAAAAUAAAUUCUUAUUAUAAAUCAAAUAUUUUUCUCAAUUAUAUGUGUGCCAAGAUAACAGCGCUGAGUCUUCUCCUAUAAUGCGUAAGGAGGUUGGAGAACACAUGGCAAGGGAUCUCAGACCAUUCCUCCUUACAGAAUCACUCCAGAUCCUUCAGAUUCCGAGGUCCACACUUGUGGACUCUCCUCUUCAGCUCAUCCCACAGGUUUUCUAUGGGGUUUAGGUCAGGGGACUGGGAUGGCCAUGGAAAAACCAUGAUUCUAUGGUCAGUGAACCAUUUUUGUGUUGAUUUUGAGGUGUGCUUUGGAUCAUUGUCCUGCUGGAAGAUCCAACCACGGCCCAGUUUAAGCUUCCUAGCAGAGGCAGUCAGAUUUUGAUAUAAUAUCUGCUGGUACUUGAUGGAGUCCAGGACCUUUGGAAGAAAAACAGCCCAACAACUUCAAAGAUCCACCACCGUACUUCACAGUGAGGAUGAGGUACUUUUCUGCAUGGCUAUCUUUCUGUCUACGCCAAACCCACCUCUGGUGUUUGUUUCCAAAAAGCUAUAUUUUGAUCUCAUCUGACCAUAGAACCUGGUCCCAUUGAAAGUUCCAGUAACGUUUGGCAAACUGUAGGCGCUUGAGUUUGUUGUUUGAUGAAAGCAAAGGCUUUUUUAUAACAACCCUCCCAAACAACUUGUGGUUAUGUAGGUGGCGUCUGAUUGUAGUUUUGGAGACUUUCUGACCCCAAGACCCAACUAAUGUCUGCAAUUCUCCAGCUGUGAUCCUUGGAGAUUUUUUGGCCACUCUAACCAUCCUACUCACUGUGCGUGGGGUCAAUAGAUGCACUUACUAACUGUAAGUCGCUCUGGAUAAGAGCGUCUGCUAAAUGACUAAAAUGUAAAUGUAAAUUUAAACUUCUUAAUUAUUGCCGAUAGUGGAAAUGGCCAUUUUCAACCAUUGAGCUAUUUUCUUAUAGCCAUUUCCUGAUUUGUGCAGCUCAACAACCUUUUGUCGCAAAUCAUUACUAUAUUCUCGGGUCUUUCCCAUAGUAAUAGAUGACUAUGGGAACUUGGCCUGUGUGUCACCUCAUAUUUAUACCUCAGUGAAACAGGAAGUCAUGGCUUACCGCUUAAGUGUUCCUAAUCACUCAGGUGAACUUAAAAAUGUAAAAUACGAAUGGGAAUAUACUUCAGUUAGAUUAGACUCAUAAGAAUUUCUAGGGGUGUCAAUAAUUGUGGCACACAUGUUUCUGAGAAAAAUAUUUAUUUCACAUUUAUUUUUUUCAAUCAUUUUACUUCAAUUAAAGCUACGAUUUUGUGAAUGUUUUGAAUGAAAGACCAAGAGGAUAAACAGCAAAUAAAAAAAUGUCACAGCCCGUUUUGCUCAUGUUUACAAAGGGUGCCAAUAUUAGUGGAGGGGCACUGUAGAUAAUUCAUUGUGUUAAUGUAUUUUGUCUCCCACACCAGAGCCAAGGAGUACUGUCAGAUAGACUGCGAAGUUUCAGCAUGCAGGACUUGUCCGCCUACCAGUCCGACCCAACUGAGAUAGACGCUGGAUCUGUCCACACCCAGUCUGCAGCUGGACAACAAAGGGCCAGGACGAUGAUGCGCAGCAAGUCAGAGAUUGGCUACACCAAGGGUGAGACUAUACUGCCACAUACACUUACAUAACUAACCAAGAUACAGACAGAAUGAUUGGCCACAACAAGGGCAGGGAAGGGAGUGUCAUAACUUUUUCCAUAUGACAUUUUUAUGACCUAGAUAACUACCAGGUAAUAGUUAAGUAGCAAUAUGGUACAUAGGAUUGGCAAUUUCUAUACACUAGCAUGUGCACUAGUACGGCCUAAUAGAGCAAAUGUGGUAUAUUUGGCAAAUAAUGGUUGACCACAGCACUGGUGAAAAGAGUGAGCACAGUUUAAAGGUGUUACACAUACGAUUUUUGUAGAAUUUUUGCAUUCUAAUUUCAGAAAUUGUCCAUAAUAUAUCUGCAGUAAUGGUGAAAUGAUAGUGUUUCUUAGAAUUACUUACCCACCAAUGUUGUGAUUGGCUGACAUUUGCCUAUUGAUUCUCCCACUGGAGCAUGUUGUCAAAAUGGGAAAGAUGUUCUGACUUUGUGGCUGUGUUAUCUAGUGGAAAUCGCUCUGUCAUUUCGUGGUUGCAAAGAUUCUACACUGUUCGCUGAAUUUCAGUUUAUGAGAGAAAACAAGUACUGAAUAUUGUAGGGAAUCAUUGUACCAUCUAAAUCGCUGUGGAAUAUAUUUUCAAUAACAACAAAUAUAGUUUUUACAGCUGUUUGAAGCUAGUGGACCAAAACCAAAAGUAAAAGGCUCAUGUGCGAGUCUCUGCCAUGUUACGUGGAAAUGAGAUGCGGGGGAUGGGGGAGAUUUGUUUUGAAUGACUCGAAUUUGAGCCUUUUACUAUCGGUUUUGGUCUACCAGCUUCAACCCACCAACUGGACUCUCGACACUGCAAUAUUCUCUGCUUUUCUGAAACAUGGCUCUCGGACAAGAUACCCCCCAUGGCUAUCCAACUCGAUGGAUUCUCCAUUCAAGUGCUGACAGGACAGUGGAGUCAGAGAGAUCGAGAAGGGGAGGGGUUUGCCUCUUCAUCAACAACUGGUGUGCUGACUCAAGCGUGGUGGAAGUGUCGACCCAUUGUUCACCCGUCUUGGAAUACCUGAUGGUCAAAUUCCGACCCUUUUUUCUCCAGAGGGAUUUUUCAGCUGUUAUCGUGACUGUUGUAUACUUUCCACCUCAGGACAAGAAAAAUAACAAGCUGGCACUUAACGAACUGUACGAGGCUAUAAACAAGCAGGAAAACGUACAUCUGGAGGCUGCUUUUCUGGUUGCCGGUGAUUUUAACUCAGCGUCAUUAAGACAAAAGAUGCCUAACUUCCAUAAACAUGUAUCCUUCACCACUAGGGUGGUGAAGUCCUAGACCACUGUUAUUCUACCCACAAGAAAGCAUACAAGGCCCUCCCUCGUCCGCUAUUCAGCAAAUCACAUCAUGACUCCGUACUCCUGCUUUCUGUUUACAAGCAGAAGCUCAAACUGGAAGUACCCGUGACUUGCUCUGUUGAGAAAUGGUCACCAGAAUCAGAGGUUAUGCUACAGGACUGCUUUGCUAGCGCUGAUUGGAAUAUGUUUCGCGACUCGCCAAUAACAUUGACAAGCUAACCACCUCUGUAAUCAGCUUCAUUAGGAAAUGCAUCUGUGACGUUGUCCCCACAGUAAAGGUUCGCUGCUUCCCAUAUCAAAAGGCCUGGAUUAACACAGAGGUUGGCGCUAAACUAAAGGACAGGGCUACCGCACAUAGGGCUAUUGCAGACAACCCCGAGGCUACGGUUGAGGACAGGAACAAGUACAAGCAGUCCCGCUACGACCUCCGCAGAGUCAUCAAACGAGCAAAAGGACAAUAUAGGAAUAAGAUGGAAUCAUAUUACAUAGGCUUCGCCACCCGUCGCAUGUGGCAGGAGCUACAGUCCAUUACGGAUUACAAAGGACGACCCAGCCGUGAUCUGCCCAAUGAUGCCUCUACCAGACGAACUCAAUACAUUUUAUGCAUGCUCGACAAUAACAACCUCGUGCCGAGUGUUAGGGCUGCCACCGACCCAGAGGACUGGGUAAUCUCACUCUCCGAGGCCAACGUGAGUAAAAUCUUUAAUCACAUCAACACCCGUAAGGCUGCGGGGCCCAACAGUAUUCCAGGGAGCCUUCUCAGAGCAUGCGCAGAACAGCUGGUGUGCAUAUUCACGGUAAUUUUCUACCUCUCCUUGUCCCAGUCUGUAAUCUCCACGUUUUAAGAUGUCCACCAUCAUUCCUGUUCCCAAGAACUCUAAGGCUUCAUGCCACAAUGACUACCUCCCUGUAACACUCACAUUUGUAAUCAUGAAGUGCUUUGAGAGGCUGGUUAUGGCACACAUCAAAUCCAUCAUCCCAGACACCCUAGACACACUGCAAUUUGCAUACCGCCCCAACAGAUCCAUAGACGAUGCAAUCACAACGGUGGUAGGCCUGAUCACAGGCGACGAUGAGACAGCCUACAUGGAGGAGGUCAGUGACCUGGCAGUAUGGUGCCAGAACAACAACUUCUCCCUCAACAUCAGUAAGACCAAGGAGCUGAUCAUGGACUACAGGAAACGGAGGGGUGAGCAUGCCCCCAUCCACAUCGACGGGUUGCAGUGGAACAGGUCGAGAGCUUCAAGUUCCUCGGUGUCCAAAUCAUUAAGGACUUACAGUGCCUUCGGAAAGUAUUCAGACCCCUUGUCUUUUUCCACAUUUUGUUACGUUACAGCCUUAUUCUAAAAUUAAAUUAAAUAAACAAAAAUCCUCAACAAUCUACACACAAUACCCCAUAAUGACAAAGCAUAAUAAAAAUAAAAAACAAAAAUACCAUAUUUACAUAAGUAUUCAGCCACUUUGCUAUGAGACUCAAAAUUGAGCUCAGGUGCAUCCUGUUUCCAUUGAUCAUCCUUGAGAUGUUUCAACAACUUGAUUGGAGUCCACCUGUGGUAAAUUCAAUUGAUUGGACAUGAUUUGGAAAGGCACACACCUGUCUAUAUAAGGUCCCACAGUUGACAGUGCAUGUCAGAGCAAAAACCAAGCCAUGAGGUCGAAGGAAUUGUCCGUAGAGCUCCGAGACAGGAUUGUGUCGAGGCACAGAUCUGGGGAAGGGUACCAAAAAAUGUCUGCAGCAUUGAAGGUCCCCAAGAACACGGUGGCGUCCAUCAUUCUUAAAUGGAAGAUGUUUGGAACCACCAAGACUCUUGCUAGAGCUGGCCGCCCGGCCAAACUGAGCAAUCGGGGGAGAAGGGCCUUGGUCAGGGAGGUGACCAAGAACCUGAUGGUCACUCUGACAGAGCUCCGGAGUUCCUCUGUGGAGAUGGGAGAACCUUCCAGAAGGACAACCAUCUCUGCAUCACUCCACCAAUCAGGCCUUUAUGUUAGAGAGGCCAGAAGGAAGCCACUCCUCAGUAAAAAACACAUGACAGCCCGCUUGGAGUUUGCCUUAAGGCACCUAAAGACUCUCAGACCAUGAGAAAGAAGAUUCUCUGGUCUGAUGAAACCAAGAUUGAACUCUUUGGCCUGAAUGCCAAGCGUCACGUGUGGAGGAAACUUGGCAUCAUCCCUACAGUGAAGCAUGGUGGUGGCAGCAUCAUGCUCUGGGGAUGUUUUUCAGCGGCAGGGACUGGGAGACUAGUCAGAAUGAACAGAGAAAAGAUCCUUAAUGAAAACCUUCUCCAGACCGCUCAGGAACCUCAGACUAGGGUGAAGGUUCACCUUCCAAAAGGACAACGACCCUAAGCACACAGCCAAGACAACGCAGGAGUGGCUUCGGGACAAGUCUCUGAAUGUCCUUGAGUGGCCCAGCCAGAGUCCGGACUUGAACCCAAUCAAACAUCUCUGGAGAGACCUGAAAAUAGCUGUGCAGCAACAUUCCCCAUUCAACCUGACAGCUUGAGAGGAUCUGCAGAGAAGAAUGGAAGAAACUCCCCAAAUACAGGUGUGCCAAGUAUGUAGCGUCAUACCCAAGAAGACUCAAUGCUGUAAUCGCUGCCAAAGGUGCUUCAACAAAGUACUGAGUAAAGGGUCUGAAUACUUAUGUAAAUGUGACAUUUCAGUUAUUUCUUUUUUAUAAAUUAGCAAACAUUUCUAAAAACCUAUUUUUGGUUUGUCAUUAUGGGAUAUUGUGUGUAGAUUGAUGAGGAAAAAAAACAAUUAAAUCAAUUUUAGAAUAAGGCUGUAAUGUAACAAAAUGUGGAAAAAGUCAAGGGGUCUGAAUACUUUCAGAAGGCACUGUAAAAUGGUCCACAUACACACAGCGCCUCUUCCCCCUCAGGAGGUUAAAAAGGUUUGGUAUGGGCAAUCAAAUCCUCAAAAAAGUUAUAUAGCUGUACCACUGAGAGCAUCUUGACUGGCUGGAUCACUGCUUGAUAUGGCAAUAGCACCACCCUCGGUCGCAUGGUGCUACAGAGGGUGGUGCGGACAGCCUAGUAUAUCACUGGGGCCGAGCUCCCUGCCAUCCAGGACCUCUAUAUCAGGCCGUGUGAAAGGAAGACCCAGAAAAUCGUUAAAUACUCCAACCACCGGUGCAUCAAGUCUGACACCAAGAGGCUCCUGAACAGCUUCAAUCCCCAAGCCAUGAGACUGCUAAAUAGCUAACUAAAUAGCUAACAAAAUGGCUACACGGACCAUCUGAGUUGACCCUUGUAUUUUAUUUCAAUUUUUCUCUAUGCACACUCACAGGGCCCUACACAUUCACGCACACUGACACUCCAACACACACAAACACUCACUUCAUAAUUUUCUCACUCACACAUAAUAUGCAAAUACAUUUAUACUGACUCUAUACACACACCCACUCACAUACAAUCAUCAUAUACGCUGCUGCUACUCUAUUUAUCAUAUAUGCUGAUGCCUAGUCACCUUAACCCUAUACAUAUCUACCUCUAUCACUCCAGUAUUCCUGCACACUGUAAAUAUGGUACUGGAACUGACUGACCCUGUAUAUAGUAUGCUUACUUACUUUCUCAUGUUCUUCUUAUUUCUAAUUUUUAUUUAUUGUGUGUUUUUGUUCUACCUUAUGUUAUUUUUAGUAUUACAUUGUUAUUGCUUACUGCAUUGUUGGGUUUAGAGCUUGCAAGAAAGGCAUUUCACUGUACUUGUGCAUGUGACAUUAAAACUUGAAAACUAUCAUAUGGCCUCCUUCCUGUUUAAGCCUGCAGAUAAUAGUUCUGUAAGAUGACUUUCCUGAGUCCCCCUAACCCCACAUCUCCCUUCCUGUUUGUGACGCUCUCUGACUGCAGGUCAGUCUCCAUAGGGCUGCCAGGGAGGCUCUCAACCCAUCUAGGAAUACUUAACUUUUAGAUGUUAUCAUUGAAUGACCACAUCCUGCUCUCCAGUGGCCAGACUCAUUCAAUGUUUCAUGUCUUGUCAUUAUACAGUAUGUGUUGUACAGUCCAAAGUUUCUUUGAGAUUCACUUUGUUUGGAUUGAUUAGUCUAUUUUCCAAGAGGUUAUUGAGUGUCACAAAGGUGAAAAGGAAUGCUUUUGCACCAUGGCUCUGUUAACAUGAUUUUUUUUUAAAGCACUAAUAUUGUGGAUAACUGUAACUGUAAGUGGCUGUACUGUGUGGAUGAUUAACACAUUUUCAAUUUUUUUGUUAACUUACCACACACUUGUUGUGCAAUAAUUACAAUGUGAUUAUCUGAUUUCAGAACAACAUGAUAUUAUCUGAUAAGUCCACAAGCAUCCUUUAUACUGAAAGAGCAGGGUAAUGAAAGGCUAUUUUGGCCUUUUGAUUUCUGCUUUCAUGGCAAAUUGAAUGAUAAGAUAGAAAUCCAGUGUACUGAACAUAAUUCUGCAGAGACUUAAUGAAGGGCCCUGAAGAGGAGUCCUCGUCCUAAUGGCAUAGGUAUGCUUGUUUGCCCUGUGAGAGACGGUAUUCCAUUUCUUUCAGCAUUAUUUUAGUUCUUAUUCCCCUGCCUGCACACAUGGUCAGAUGAUGUCUGCUCCCUUGGUCUGUGUAGAGAACAACAACCCUACUCUGCCCCAUAGUAAACUGAACUCAUAACAACCUCAGUGUAAUGAAAUGAGCUACAUCACUUCAAUAAUUAUAGUACAUUUCACUGCAGAUUUCAGCAUACUUUCUGAUGCGUGUCUGUAAUUAUUUUUACCACGGUCAUUCUCAUGGUGCAGGGCAGGAUUUUGACAUGACUGAAUAUGAGGUGCUGAGCUUCGAUCAGUGUGACACCAAGGAGCCACUGUCCCACCCUAUUACGCCCCCCGAACCCAUGACUGAACCCACACCCACUCCUUCGCCCUCUCUGACCCCCCAGCCCGCUCUACCCUCUCCACCUCCAUCCCCUGCACCCGCUGCACCCCCAGCAACAGAGCAGACUGAGGACAUGGGGAGAGGGGGGGAAACAUCCACAAGCUCCCCACAGCUCAGGUUGAUUAAGAGGAAGGCACCUGAGGUACUCCUUUAA